AUGGGGAAAGGCUUUGCCAGUUUCCCAUGGCAGGAGAAACUGGGGGACAUCUGCUUCUCUCUUCGCUACGUCCCCACGGCCGGAAAACUCACCGUCAUUGUUCUGGAAGCUAAAAACCUGAAGAAGAUGGAUGUAGGAGGACUCUCAGAUCCCUAUGUGAAGGUGCACCUGCUUCAGGGAGGCAAAAAGGUUCGGAAGAAGAAAACCACCAUUAAGAAGAACACCCUGAACCCCUAUUAUAACGAGGCCUUCAGCUUCGAGGUGCCCUGUGACCAAGUGCAGAAAGUCCAGGUGGAGCUGACGGUAUCGGACUGCGACAAGCUGGGCAAGAAUGAGGCCAUCGGGAGAGUGGCAGUGGGUGCAGCCGUUUGUGGGGCCGGCCUACGGCACUGGGCUGACAUGUUGGCCAACCCCAGGCGGCCCAUUGCCCAGUGGCACUCAUUGCGGCCACCUGACCGAGCCAGGCCAAUGGUUGCGCCCUGA